GACUACUAACUACUACUCUAGCAUAUUGUCCCGGGUCAUCAUGGUCCAGCUCAAGUCGAAGAAGCGUCCAGCAGAUGGCGGGGAUGACCACUUCAAGAAGGGCAAGAGGCCUCAACGAGAAGCAGUCGCUGCCGAACCAGAUAAGAGACGAAAGCAGCCCAUCACCAAGCCUCAACCAGUUUCAGGAGGUUCGGAUGAUGGAGAUGAGAUGGACAUGAACGGACAAGAUGAGGAGAAUGGAGGAUACCAAGAGGAGGAACAACAACAGCCGGCAAAGCGACCUCGAAUGACCAAAGCUGAACGUGCAGCUUUGCACGCUGCUCAACCGCAUCGGACUGCUCUUUUGCCAUCUGCACCUCUCUUACAGAACACUCUCUUACCGCUAUGGGAGACCGCUCGUCGAGCGGAUCUAGGUAAAGAGGAGCGACUGAAAGCUGUAAGAGAGCUAUGGGAUGCUGUCAAGGGGCGAGUUGGAGAGGUCAGUAGGGGUCACAAGGGAGGACGUGUUUUGCAAACGAUCGUCAAAUACGGAGGUAAAGAGGAGAGACUUGGAGUGGCAAUGGAGCUCGAGCCGCAGUGGCGUGCAAUGAUGGAGUCAAAGUACUCCAAGUUUCUCAUGUCCAAAUUGAUUCACUAUGUCCCUCAACUAAGACCGCUUCUCAUUCCUGCCAUCACUCCUCAUCUUCGCUCGCUCUUAUUCCAUGCAGAAGCAGUUGGACCUCUAUCCGACUUCUUCGACCUAUAUGCUUCGGCCAAGGAGAGACGAUUGCUCGUCAGAGGAUUUUACCCCAAAGAAGUCAAAAUAUUCGCCGAGGGUAAAGGUGAGGAGGGUCUUCAAGAGGUCCUAGAGGGUAUGGGAGAUGGUGCAGGGCGAUCGAGAGUUUUGAGUCAGGUCGAGAAAACUGUUGUUGAUGUAUUCAACGCCACUCAGAAGACUGCUUUAGCUCAAGGCAUAUUCCACCGACUCGUCAAUGAAUACCUUGCGUGUGUCAAUCGAUUCUUAACGGCAGAAGAGGCAGACACAAAGAUGCACGAACUAUUGACUGCUGCGCUCGAGAGCUUGCCAGAUAUUGUUCACACGAAAGAUGGGUCGGCAGUCGUCAGAGAGCUCAUCGUCAGAGGAUCUGCAAAGGACCGAAAGCAGAUCUUGCAACAGCUGAGAAAGCACAUUGAGGCGAUGUGCAAGGAUUCGGACGCGCAAAUGGUCUUGUUCACCGCAUUUGACUGUGUCGAUGACACUAAACUCAUGGGCAAAGCUUUCGUGGCGGAUAUCGUCGCGCUCGCCCCAUCACUUGUCGGCGACAUCAACGGUCGUCGAGCUCUGCUUUACCUCCUCACUCCUACCUCUCGAAAGCACUAUAUCCCUUCUGCCCUCACAUCUCUCGCUGCUUCUGCACAACAGGCCAGAGAUAUCGGAACGAGCAAGAAAGAUCCGGCGACACGCCGUAAGGAGCUUGUAGGAUAUGCCAGUCCAGGACUUCUAGAGGCUGUCACCGAGCAUGGAGCUGAGUGGGUCAGAGAUCCUGGCGCGGGUCUCGCAGUGCAAGAGAUUAUGCUGUAUUCUGAAGGCGACAAAUCUAGCGCGGUCAACGCCUUGAUAGAACCGCUCAAAACACCUUAUCCCCAUCCUGCCCCAACUGAUGAAGAGACAAACGCAGAGUCAUCUCAUACUCUUGACCUACCACACGCUUCACGGACGUACAAGACAUUAGUAUCAGGCGGACACUACAACUCAAAGACUCAAUCCGUUGAUGCGGUCGACGCCGAGCUUUCCCGGCAGAUGGCAGAUGGCGUCUGGGAAGCUAUCGCGUCGGAGAUCGCUGGAGGAGAAGACAAUGUGAAGAACGUCGCCAAGGGCAACGCUGCCCUGCUGCUCGUCGAGGUCAUCUCGGUUCUUCACAAGAACGGCAAGGGUGGGCAGGUCCGAAGUACACUCAAAGGGUCGGUGAAAGACAUCCGCAAAGGUGGCCGAAAGGGUUCAGAAUUGCUAGCAUCUUCGUUAGAGUCGUUGUAGUCUGCUGUGCAUCUCGCAUUUUCUUUCACAGUAUUGCCCGUUGUGACUUGACUGGUGCGGAUACAUAUCGUUGC